AGGAGGCCAUCUUGAAAGUGUGGCGCAGUUUCAGAGGAAUUUUUGGCACAGUUUCUUCGAGACAUUCCGUACUUUUCCGACCGCAUAUCGGCCUAUCGGUUAAUACAAGUACCCUGUAUAUACUUUCGUUCCUCUUUUAGUUUCAAUCUUGUUGAAAAUUGGUGUAGGAAUCGGGAGAAAAGUAGGCAAAAGUAGCGGAACGUCGAUCGUGAAAAAGGAACUGUAUAUACUGAAGCACUUCGAAAACGUGGCGUCAGCAUGGGUGACUUGAACAUCGCUGUCGUCUGCUCAAGCAACCAGAACAGGAGUAUGGAGGCUCACGCCUUCCUCAGCAAGAAAGGUUUCCAGGUGAAGUCCUUCGGUACCGGCGCGCAGGUCAAACUACCCGGACCUUCUCCAGACAAGCCCAACGUCUACGACUUUGGAACAACCUACGACCAGAUGCACCAAGACCUCACGCAGAAAGACCUCUCACUAUACACACAGAAUGGCAUCCUGCACAUGCUGGACCGGAACAGGAGGAUCAAGCCGCGCCCGGAGAGGUUCCAGUCCACCAAGGAGAGGUUCGACAUCGUCGUCACGUGCGAGGAGAGGGUGUACGACCAGGUCGUGGAAGAUUUAGAGACGAGAGACUCUAGCGCGGAUGCACCAGUUCACGUGAUCAACAUCGACAUCCAGGACAAUCACGAGGAGGCCACGAUAGGAGCCUUCCUUAUAUGUGACCUCUGUCAUAUGCUGCAAGACUCGGAUGACCUUGAGAACGACAUGGAUGACAUCCUCCAGGCGUUCGAGGAGAAGUGCAAUCGGCCCAUCCUGCACACAGUGUCCUUUUACUGACGACUGGCCUGCCCUGUACACCGUACUGUCCACGAUAUUUAUGACUGGCCCUUCACGGAUACCGUAGUUUUUAGGCUAGUGACAACUGGCCUGUCAUGCACACCGUACGUUCUAGGUUAUUUAUGACUGGCCUUCACAGAGACUGUGUUUUUAGACUACCGACAACUGGCCUCUAGUGCACAUCGAACUUUCUAGCUUAUUGAUGACUGGCCUUUCACAGACACCGUGCUUUUAGGCUCCUGACAACAGGCCUCUCAAGCGCACCAUAAUUUUCAGGACCGCCGUAGAAUCACACGUUUUCUUCCGUUGGACAGUUAGGACUUUCGCUGCCAAUCAGACAAAGACAAAUUUUGCUGCAAUUUGAUAAGUUCACCACGUGGUUAGUGGACAUAGUCUCCAAGCCUUUUUGUGUCUUUGCUGACUUGUUUUCAAGUUUUCUUUUUUCUUGGUCGUGCGUCUCCAAAGUGCCGCAUGUUUUCCCUACCGCAAGCUUCUUACCAAAGUGAAAGUUGAAAAAAAAAACAGGAGCACAAUCUAUCAAAACCGGAACUGCCAAAUGUGCAG